AUGGUGAGGACGAUGGUGCUGAGUACCGAAUGGGCGCAGGUGGAAGUCGUAGAGCUGACCAACGACGGGAACGGACUCGGUUUCAACCUGGUCGGUGGGCGUAGCACAGGUGUGGUGAUCAAAUACGUGCUACCGGGCGGAGCUGCGGACAAGGAUGGGCGACUGCAGAGCGGGGACCAUGUUCUGCAGGUCGGGUCUGUAAACCUGCGUGGUUUCACGUCCGAGCAAGUGGCUGCGGUGCUGCGCCAGGCCGGCCCCUCCGUGCGUCUCCUAGUAGCACGUCCUGCAGACCCCGCCGCCGCUCUGCGGGCCCCCUUACCUGGCACAGCACUGGUACCCACUAAACUUCUCACUGACCCUGAACUCCUCGACCGCCAUCUCAUAGAAUGCGGCUACGGAGCUGUCUAUGACGUUUCUCAGUGCUACAAUGAGUAUCUCAAUGGGCAAGAAACAGAAAAUAUUGUUGUAGCAGCCGUCAGUGUUCUAGGGGACAACCCACAGCAGAUUCCUGAUCAUCCAGUUGUAGCAGAAUCUGUGUCUCCCACCAUCACCAUCACUGUACCAGUGGAGAUACCAGAUUUACCUGAAGUGGAGAUUGUGCAUGUUGAUUUGAAUAAAAAUGUAUACGGUUUGGGUAUAACUGUGGCGGGCUAUGUUUGUGAAAAAGAAGAAUUGUCUGGUAUAUUUGUGAAAAGUAUUAUAGAAGGCAGUAGUGCUGAGCAGAGUGGUAAAAUUAAACUUAAUGAUAGAAUAAUAGAAGUGGACGGUGUGUCUCUAGUGGACAAGAGUAAUCCUCAAGCUGUAGAUAUUUUGAGGAACACAGGUAUUUCAGUUCACUUGGUAUUAGAAAGAUAUUUAAGAGGUCCAAAGUAUGAGCACCUUCAGUUAGCAAUAUUCAAUGAGGAGAGGCCUCCCUCACCCUCGCCGACCACAACCACCCUCUCCUGGUUUCCAGUGCCUUCCCAAGCAGAUAAUAGUUUAACAGAAAUAGAACCUGAGCCAGAAUCCAACACUACCAUAGAUUCUAAUGUUUUAGAAGUAGGAGAGCUAGAAGGUGAAGAACCUACUCAGGAAGAGCUUGAUCGGAGACUAGAUGAAAUCCUAUCUGUUAGUGGUGAAGAAAUCAGGAAGAAAUGGGAGGAUGAAAUAGGUUUGGAAAAGGAAAUUAUUGUGGCUGAAGUUCACAAACUAGAAGGUCUCGGUAUUAGUUUAGAAGGCACUGUAGACGUAGAAGGAGGACAGGAAGUCCGACCUCACCACUACAUUAGGUCUGUUCUCCCGGAGGGUCCAGUUGGUCAACAAGGUACUUUGUCAGCAGGCGAUGAAUUGCUCGAAGCUAAUGAGUAUCGGUUACAUGGUUUGACUCACACUGAAGUUGUCAAUAUUUUGAAGCAGCUGCCCAAUCGGGUGCGUUUAGUCUGUGCAAGAAACAGCACUGAAAGCGGUCCCAGACCUCUCAUAAACUUGGCAUCUGAUAGAGAGGGAUUUGAAGCAAGGAAAAUUAUAUCUGGUAGUCUCAACAACUUGACCACACUUGUAAAGGCCCAAUCAGAUACUUCAAUCAACACAUCAAGCACUGCUACUUUGACAAAUCACUCUGGUCAUUCCAGGAAGUCGCGUUCCCUUGAGUGUGUUUCAGGUCUCGCCAUGUGGCAGAGUAAAGAAGACAUUGUAGAACUUGUUAAAGCAGAUCAAGGUCUUGGAUUCUCUAUCCUAGACUACCAAGAUCCGGUGGAUCCUAAUGGAACCGUUAUUGUCGUAAGAAGUUUAGUGCCUGGAGGAAUGGCAGAGAAAAAUGGUGAAAUAUCACCUGGGGACAGGGUCAUGUCAGUGAAUGGUGUUAGUAUUAAGAAUGCUACCCUAGACCAAGCUGUGCAAGCUUUGAAAGGUGCUCCAAGAGGUAUAGUCAGAGUUGGCAUUGCUCGUCCAAUGCCACCACAUGAUUCCAAAUCAAAAAGUACUAGUACUCUAAACACUAAACCGAGUUAA